GGGUAAAGAAGAGAGGGUGUUAAGGGUGGUACAGUGAAGCCCUUGUUAUAAGGUUGUAGAGAAGCCUAAGAAAAACGAUAUUUCACAAGAAAGCAGUUGACAUUCAAUGCCUAUGAAGAAUAGUUCAAUUGUACAAUUUAUGUCAAAGCUGUAAUGCGUGGACUGUUGCGUGGUACGUUAUACUGUGCUCUUUGGUAUGGUAGUAUCGUAGCUGGUUUCUUAUUUAUUGCUUGUCCACUUUUACCACUUUUGCUAUUCAGUCCUCCAAAAUUUCGAAAAUGUGGAGAUUUGCUAUUUUCUUGUUGGGAACUUUAUCCCACAGCGCUGUUAAGGAUAUUUGGUGUAAAAAUCUUUGUAUCAGGAGACCACAUUUCUCCUAACGAAUCAGCUGUACUUGUAAUGAAUCACAGAACACGAGUAGACUGGAAUUUUUUAUGGGCUGCGAUGUAUCAAGCUUGUAUGCCUGAUAUAGCUUGUCACAGAUUGAAAUUUAUUUUGAAAGAUCCAAUAAGACAUAUCCCAGGACCAGGAUGGAUAAUGCAAAUGAAUGGCUUCCUCUACAUAACACGUCGGUGGGAAGAAGACAAAGGUCGUCUUUUACGUACUUUGGACUAUCUGGUAGCACUAAGAAGACGUACACAAUUACUUAUAUUCCCAGAGGGUACAGAUUUAACAAAAACUAGUAAAGAGAAGUCUGAUAAAUAUGCUUUACAACAUCAACUACCUCAAUAUAUUUAUACACUACACCCAAAAACUACAGGAUUUAGUUAUUUAGUGCAACAUCUCCAGCGAGCAAAUUAUCUUGAUGCAAUAUAUGAUUUAACAAUAGCAUAUCCCGAUUAUGUUCCGCAGUCUGAAAUUGAUUUAAUUAAGGGCAAAUUACCUCAUGAAGUGCAUUUUUAUAUCAAACGAAUACCAUUUUCCGAUAUACCGACACAUGAAUUGAUGUUAAGACAGUGGUUAGAAGAUAGGUGGUUUAACAAAGAAAAAAUAUUAAAAACUUUUUAUGAAAAGAAAAGUUUUCCUACUGAAGUAUGGCCAACAUCAAAAAUGUUACCAUUACAAGCUGCGUUUAGUUUCUGGAGUAUAUUAACUGGUACGACGAUACUAUUAUUAAUUGUAUCUCCAAUAUUUCAACUGUGGGCAUUGAUACAUGCUAUCUUUUUUAUUGGAUUAUCUUUAUUUACAACUGGAUUCAAUCAAAUUGAAAUGGGAUGGUAUUGGCGUUGGAAAGCAUAUUCAUUUUGGACAAAACACAGUUAAUAACAACGUUUAAUCAAAGUAAGUGAUAAACUAAUUUAUGCUUUUAUGUCACUGUGAUAUUGGUACAUCUAAGAUUUGGAUGUAGAUCUAUCAUACUUAUAAAUAAUGUUCCUUGUGUUGUACACGUUAGAUUUUAAAGUAAUAUGUAUUUGGAGCAUGUACAUAUUUACAAAAAAUAAUACACAAAUAUCAGAAAGUUAAAAAUAAUAUUGUAACAAUACAUAAUAAUUAUGGUGGCGAAAUCAAGCAAAAUUAUUAUUGUAAUUCACGAAAUGUGAAAAACAUAUACUAUACGAACAAAUUUUGUACAUUUGUUACAUAUAUAUAUAUUUAUUUAUUUAUUUAUUUAUUUAUUUAUUUAUUUAUUUAUUCAUUUACUGCAUGCCUUCUGAC